GAUGAAUGUUGCUCAUCCCAACUUCAAACGCGUACCGGCACCAAUGAUGAAGAAGAACGUCGCACUGUCGUUUGUCCGUGAAAUUUAUUUGAUGAAAAAGAAACCCAACACAGGGGUGUCCAAUGCAACUUUAUUGUUGAGAAACAAACACUAACUCAAUGGGAUAUCAUUAACCAGAAAGGUGCAAAUGCAGUACAGGAGACUCAUAGUUCGGCGGAAGGAGUUUCGGAAUUGUUUCCCGUGUUUCGAUCAUACAUGGGUAAAUUACUUUCAAAAUGUAAUUUAAUCGCAAUUAGAAUUACUUUGCUCCAAAAUUAGUUUAACUACAAUUACAAUUACUACUACCGUAAAAUCCUGAAAUAGCGCCCACACUCGAUAGAUCGCCCACUCCGCUUUUAUGUUCGAACACGUGUUUCCCUCGAAUACUGAUAGGUCGCCCACCUUCCAAAAAUAGCGAUGCCCGAAGGUUGAGAAAGGUGCCGGAGGGUAGGGGAGAAGGUUUGGAAAGCCUAGGAUUCCCUUCACAAAAAGAAGAGGCCACACACAAUAAGGGAGAUAAGAUAACGGAAGGAACCCGGAAAUCGGUCAAGGUCACUUAUUGAAUGACAUCAGGAAAGCGUUGAAGGUCACUUAGUGGUUGUCGUCAGAUCGCCUGAGAACCCCAGAAGAUCUUUCGACCAGCAAACUGUGAAGACGUUUCUUGUGUAUACUCGGGAUGAGGUCCAGCUAUACCAUCCAGAAGAAAGUGGAAGUCGUGGAAUGGCACCGCAAGAACGGAGCUAACGUGAGCAAGACUGCGCGCCAUUUCGAAGUUGACCGGAAGCGUGUACGGGAAUGGAAUACGAGCUAUCAAGUACUUCUACAACAAUGCCAUGGAACGAACAAGUUGAAGAGAGCAAUAGGUAGGGGACGACCCGUUUUUAGUGAAGAAAUCGACGACGCACUAAUGGACUUCCUGGAGACUGAGAGAUCCGCCGGUCGAGCAGUCAGCAAUCGCCUGCUUCAAGAGCAUGCGCGGAAACUGGCAGAACAGAUGGGCCUAGGAAACUUCCGAGCGUCAUGCCAGUACAUAGCUAACUGGAAGAAGCGAUUUAAUGUGUCUAUGCGGGUGGGGACCAACGAAAGUCAGAAGCUGCCUGCCGACUACGUUGAAGCAAUUACGGUGUUCCGAAAGGCUGUGUCAACUCUGCGCCUGGAGCACAACUACUCGGACUACAACAUAGCCAACAUGGAUCAGACUAUGGUCCGGAUGGAUUGCCCUGCUGCGAGAACCAACAAUGCUGUCGGCGAGUCGAGUAUUCGCAUCGCCAACACCGGCUGUGCUCGGCGGGGGAUGACGGUGGCCUUGUGCGCGACGGCAGCGGGCAUCAAGCUAGCUGCUUUGAUCGUACUGAAGGAGCCAACCGGCCGGAUUCCCCCCAGAGUACUCUUUUCUCUAAGGAUUCCAGGUAUGUUGUAAUUAAUCACCAUUCAGGGUAUAAAUGUCGAAACAA